AUGGAAACAAACGAAGUAGUAGCCAAUAAUUGGGCCACUUUGAGUCCUAAGCGUGUUCCUAGUAAUCAACAGGCUUUACCUGAUAGCCCUGAUUAUAUGGAUAAAUACAGCACGAAUUCAGAUGAUCUUCGACCUACAUCCAAUUUGAACUCUUCGACAUCAUCCACCAUCAACCAUAUUUUACACCAGCAAAACCUUGUUGUGGUUGGAUCCCAUGAAAAACCUAUCACCUUGGGUCGUGGCGGUUCUAAUACAAUUAAAAUUGGUCGCCGUAACAGACAGAUUAGUCGUGUUCACGUUUCAAUCGCUUUCAAUAACGAAACAGAGCGGUUUGAGUUGACAGUUUUAGGAUUGAAUGGUGCUUGUGUCGAUAACGUUUCAUAUGAUCAGUAUGGCGUUGCACCUCUCGAAGAUAACAGUUUUAUCGAUGUCGUUGGUGAUCAAUUUCAUUUCAAGAUGCCUCCUCCACCUUCUUCAGUCAAUUUUGCUGAUAAAAUUCAACAACAAAUACAGCAGCAAGAGGUCAGUGAAGUUGUCAUCAGAAAGAACACUGAUAUUCUCAGAGAAUUGUCGCCAGAAGCAGAGCAACAGCAAGUGGAACUGAUUGUCGAGGAAACAGCAGCACCAUUACCCACCAAGGAAGAGAUAGUUGAAGUUCCCCCAGUUGAGCAAACAGUCGCAACAACUACAAUGGAAGAAAAUGCACAAGAAGACGAAGCAUUCUCCUCUGAUUUGCUACCUGAUGAAGCUCUUUCUCCAGUUGAAAAGGAAUUAUCACCUGAAAUCAAUGUAGAUGAGGAAAUUGUCUCACCAGUGAAACAAGAGAUGGUUGCGCCUGUUGAAGAACCAAAGCCUGUUGAGAAGAAACUUAGCAAGAAAGAAAUCAGAAGAGCGCUCAAGAGAGAGGACAAGAAGAAGGCUUUAAUUUUGCAAGAAAAGAAGAAGCAACAUCUCGAGGAAGAUUCUAAUGAUUACGCUGAAGUCAUUAUUGAUGCCCUUGUCUUUUCACGCACAUCGUCUAUGCCUAUCAGUGAUAUUUGCUCUCGUAUUUUGAAGGCUAAUCCAGCUUACGCUAAGGAAUCUCGCGAAAUCUGGAUUGAACGCAUCACCUCAGUAUUGAAGGAAAGACCUUUCUUUGGCGAAAUCCAACGUAAAGGCAAGACAGCAGAUGGAUCGCCCACCGAGAACCUGUACUACUACAACAGUGAAUUGGAUCCUGUCGAAUGGCGUCGCGCAACAUACACACAGGUCGGACGAAGUGCUCGCAAAUGUACGUUGAAAGACAAGCAGUACUUUUGGAAGAUCCCACCCAAGUUGGGUCGCCAUAGAAGCUCUUACAUUCCUCCCUCAGCAUCUGAUCUGAAAAGGCAAAGAGUAACUAACGACAAGGAGCAGCAAGAUGAAAAUGCUGAUCCCAAAAAAAUCAGAUACUAA